AUGGCACUAUCUCAAUAUAAGCAACAAAAUCAAGAUGAAGUUGACGUUGAAUCCUCUCAAUAUGAUAGGGUUGGAUUAGAAACAGAAAGCAUGGAAAAUUAUACAAAUCUAUUCAUGUCAAGCCAGGUCUUCCCAAGUAGAGAUGCCAUAAUAGAGUGGGUUCAUUGUAUUGGAAAGAAAAAUGAUAUGGAGCAUGCUGAUGAAGAUAGUAAAAAUAAGAAGCGUCUGAAAGCUAGUGGUAUGAAGAGAUGUGGGUGUCUAUUUGCAUUGAGGGAAAUCAAUGAUUUUGGGGAUGAAUGGACAUUGGAGGCAUCACCAACUUCUCCUUCAAGCGAGUCGCCUCCGACUACUACGACUGGCCCCUCGAAGCCCGCUGCGACGCCUUCGGAGCCGCCUCCGUCCAGCAUCUCUGCAAAAGUUAACACUCAAUCUAUCUCUAGUGUGGUUGACUGUAGUGACCGAAACAAUUCGAAGUACUAUGUUGUGGUUGUUCAGUAUGCGGCGAGGUUUAAUGCUGAAGCUGUUAAGAACUUCUUGUAUACUCUCAACCAAGGCAAAAUCGCGAAAAAGAAGUUUAACUUGAGGCUGGCACCUGAAGAGACUUCAAUACAGUUGACUGGGUUUGAGCACAACUCAAUUACAUGUAUUGGCAUGAGAACCGAAAUUCCGGUGAUUUUGGAUGAAGCAAUUCAGAAACUCAGUCCUGAUUUUUUCUGGUUGGGUGGUGGAGAGUGAUGACUCGUUGAUCUGAAGCUGGGCAUCAAAACUUCCAAGUUCAUAAAUGCUGUCAAACCUUUUAUUGUGAGCUGUAGUAGUAGCGCUUGAUUGAUACAAAGAAAUUAGAUUCCAAAUUUCUGUAGGAACACAGUACAUCAGAUCACGUGUUACUAUGUUAGAGACCUAAGAAAAGU